AUGGGGCAGUGCCGCCUCACGGGAAUGGGGCUGCACCGGUGCGUGGGAACAAGGCGAAACUGGGAUCGGAGUGAAACUGGGAAUGGAAUGAUGUGGCGCAUGGAGAUGCUUGACCAGGAAAACCAUUUUCCUGCCCCCGGCCGCCCCGCCGCCACCGCCGCCGCCGCGGUGGACGCCAAGCUGGAGGAGCUCAUCCGGCAGUUUGAGGCCGAGUUCGGCGACGAGUUCGCGCCGCCGCCGUCACCGCCGCCGCCGGCCGCCGAGCCGCCCCGCGCCGCGCGCUCCCCCAAGCAGAUCAAGAUCGAAACCUCUGGUGCUAUUACGGUGCUCUCGACCACGUGCUUCGAGUCGGAGGAGAGCCGCGGCGAGGAGGCGGCCGGCGCGCCGCCCGCGCACGAGCCGCCCCUGGCGCCCACGCUCAGCGCCUUCCUCGAGUCGCCCCUCAAGUACCUGGACACCCCCACCAAGAGCCUGCUGGACACCCCCGCCAAGCGCGCCCAGGCCGAGUUCCCCACCUGCGACUGUGUCGAGCAAAUUGUGGAGAAGGACGAAGGACCCUAUUACACCCACCUGGGCUCGGGCCCCACCGUGGCCUCCAUCCGGGAGCUCAUGGAGGAGCGGUACGGAGAGAAGGGCAAGGCCAUCCGCAUCGAGAAGGUCAUCUACACGGGCAAGGAGGGCAAGAGCUCCCGCGGCUGCCCCAUCGCCAAGUGGGUGAUCCGCCGGCACAACCAGGAGGAGAAGCUGCUGUGCCUGGUGCGCCACCGCGCCGGCCACCACUGCCAGAACGCCGUCAUCAUCAUCCUCAUCCUGGCCUGGGAGGGCAUCCCGCGCACGCUGGGCGACACGCUCUACCAGGAGCUCACCGACACCCUCACCAAGUUCGGCAACCCCACCAGCCGCCGCUGCGGCCUCAACGACGACCGGACCUGCGCCUGCCAAGGCAAGGACCCCAACACCUGCGGCGCCUCCUUCUCCUUCGGCUGCUCCUGGAGCAUGUAUUUCAACGGCUGCAAGUACGCGCGCAGCAAGACGCCCCGCAAGUUCCGCCUGGUGGGCGACAACCCCAAGGAGGAGGAGCUGCUCCGGAAAAGCUUCCAGGAUUUGGCCACGGAGGUUGCUCCGCUCUACAAGAGGCUGGCGCCGCAGGCCUACCAGAACCAGGUUACGAACGAGGACGUGGCCAUCGACUGCCGCUUGGGCUUGAAGGAGGGCAGACCUUUCUCGGGGGUGACGGCGUGCAUGGACUUCUGCGCCCACGCGCACAAGGACCAGCACAACCUCUACAACGGCUGCACCGUGGUCUGCACGCUCACCAAGGAGGACAACCGCGUGGUGGGCAAGAUCCCCGAGGACGAGCAGCUCCACGUGCUGCCCCUCUACAAGAUGUCCAGCACGGACGAGUUCGGCAGCGAGGAGAACCAGAACGCCAAGGUGGGCAGCGGCGCCAUCCAGGUGCUCACGUCCUUCCCGCGCGAGGUGCGUCGCCUGCCCGAGCCCGCCAAGUCCUGCCGCCAGCGGCAGCUCGAGGCCAAGAAAGCCGCCGCCGAGAAGAAGAAGCUGCAGAAGGAGAAGCUCCUCACGCCGGAGAAGAUCAAGCAGGAGGCGCUCGACGUGGCGCCGCUGCAGCAGGACGCGGGUGGGACCCUGCCGAGCGGCGCUCUGCCCCUCAAGUCGCCCAUCAAGGUGGAGGCGCCGGCUCACUACAAUGCCUUCAAGUACAACGGCAACGCGGUGGUGGAGAGCUACUCGGUGCUGGGCAGCUGCCGGCCCUCCGACCCCUACAGCGUCAGCAGCGUUUACUCCUACCAUUCCUACUAUGCACAGCCCAAUCUGCCUUCGGUGAACGGGUUUCACUCCAGGUUCGCCCUGCCGCCCUUCGGCUACUACGGCUUCGCCCGCGGCCCCGUCUUCCCUUCUCGCCUCCUCGACUACGGGCGAAGCGGCGCCUGGGCCAGCAGCGGCUUCGACGCCAAGGAGCCGCUGGGUCGCUCCUACUCGCCGCCCGUGUUCCCCGAGCCGGCGCGCGGCCGCAACCAUCACCAGCGCACCUACGAGCGGGCCGCCAGGGCCAAGGCGGCGGGGGUGCCCGGCGUGGGCACGGCGGGGCAGGAGAGCGGCACGGCGAGUAUGCACGGGAGCGGCGCCGCAGGGAUGCCCGGCAGCGCCGUGGUGCCGGCGGGGAUGCGCGGGAGCGGCGCCGCAGGGAUGCCCGGCAGCGCCGUGGUGCCGGCGGGGAUGCACGAGGCCAGCGCAGCAACCCCGGCGAUGCACGCGGCCGACACGGCUCUGGAGCCGGUGGAGUCGCCAGUGGGCGGCGGGGUCCCCGUGGCCGCGCGCAACGGGGCGCCCGAGCCGCCCUGGGGCCCCGCGGCGCCGGCCUCGCCGCAGAGGACUAGCGGCGGGCGGGAGGCGGGCGAGCCGCGCUGGCGGCCGCGCGGCGCCGCGUGGAGCCCCGCGCUGCAGGGCCUGGGCGCGCUGCCCGCAGAGCCCUGGGGCUCCGCGCUGCCCGACAAGCCCUGGGAGGGCUCGGCCUGGGAGCCCUUCGGCGCCGCCACGGAGCUGCCCGAGAGAGCCGCCAAGGCGGAGGAGGACGAGGACGAGGAGGAGGACGAGGAGGAGGAGGAGGAGGAGGAGGAGGAGGAGGAGGAGUGGUCGGACAGCGAGCACAACUUCCUGGACGAGAACAUCGGCGGCGUGGCCGUGGCGCCGGCGCACGGCUCCAUCCUCAUCGAGUGCGCGCGCCGCGAGCUGCACGCCACCACGCCGCUCAAGAAGCCCAACCGCUGCCACCCGACGCGCAUCUCCCUGGUCUUCUACCAGCACAAGAACCUCAACCAGCCCAACCACGGCCUGGCCCUGUGGGAGGCCAAGAUGAAGCAGCUGGCGGAGCGGGCGCGCGCGCGCCAGGAGGAGGCCGCGCGCCUCGGCCUCGGCCCCGACGCCGCCAAGGCCUUCGGCAAGAAGCGCAAGUGGGGCGGGGGGCUGCUGGCCGAGCCGCCCCCCAAGGAGAGGAGGGACCAGGUGCCCACGCGGCAGGCGGUGGCGCUGCCCACGGACACGGCCAUCACCGUCUCCUCCUACGCCUACACCAAGGUGACCGGUCCCUACAGCCGCUGGGUCUGAGCGGCCUCUUACCUCAACAGCCGGCGGCACCGCCGUGCCGCCGCCCCUGGUGCUGUCUCCUCGUGCAUGUAGGAGAAGAAGACGAACAGAAGAAGAAUAUAUAUAUAAAUAUAU